GCAAGCAAUAACGUCGUGGAACUCUGUAACAAGAAGUGGUCAUCUAUUGUUCAUCUGGGGCACAUGAUUCUCCGUUUGUCAGCUCAGAGGAGAAUGGAUUUAGUGUUAGCGAGAAUCAGCACUUUUAUUUCAAGGUUCAAUGAGACGCUGGGGUUCGAUUAUUGCAGGGGCAAAUUCAUGGUGAGGACGACAAGACUAUGCUGUGGCAUUCGAGCUGUAAGCUGUUUGCGGAGGUCUGUUAGAGAACUAUCUAAAGAAGGUACGGGAGUGGAUGGACCAGCACACAAGCGAAGUGGUCACGAUACUCUUAGUAAACAAUGACAGAAUACCGGUCAAGACUAUCAAGGAUGCUUCGACAACCUGAUCUGACCCGUUUAACAUAUGCCCCCCCGACACAACCUGCACUCCCGCCGGCCCGCUGGCUAACCCUGAAACAACUCAUCAUGGCCCAACGCAGAAUUAUAGCAUUCACCAGUGCUGGUGCGGACAUCGGGAGUGUUCCAUGGCUCCUGGAUGAAUUCUUCUACGUCUUUGAGACCUCCUUCGAAGUCACCGAUCCGUCAAAGUUCACCUGCGCUGCUCACCGUCCUGGUAGCGUUGGUGAGUCAGAAAGG